AUGCAACGACUUCAAAUUGCCGUUGUCGGUCUUGGCCGUAUGGGAAAGCGCCAUGUCCAUACUCUGCUCUACCGAGUUCCCAAAAGCCAGGUCGUGGCGGUGUGCACAACCGACCCUAGUGAGAUCAAAUGGGCCACGGAAAACCUCGAAUAUCGAGAAUUCGGAAUCAAGGUAUACCACAACUACGAUGAGAUGUUGGAACAGCCAGGUCUUCAGGCCGUCUGGAUUUCCACCAGCACCGAUGUCCACAGUAGCCAAUCGCUGGCUGCUAUUGCAAAAAACAUCCAUGUACUCUGCGAGAAGCCAUUGAGCACUGAUAUUGCCGAGGCACAAUCGGUAGUGGAUGCAGCCAACAAAACCCCUCACCUUAAGGUCAUGGCAGGCUUCUCUCGUCGAUUCGAUGCCUCCUACCGCGAUGCAGGCGAAAAGAUCUACCAAAAAAAAGCCAUCGGAAAUUCAUUUAUGGUUCGAUCCAACACCUGUGAUCUCCGCGACGAUACCGGCUUUUUCGUUCGAUAUGCAGCUCGCAAUGGCGGUAUCUUUGUCGACUGUGCCAUUCAUGACAUCGAUCUAUCUCUUUGGUACCUGAACAACCCAGUUCCCAAAGCCUGUUGGGCAGUAGGUACUCUCCAGCACCAUCCAGAGCUGAGGGAGCUUUCAGACGUGGAUAACGCCGUUGGAGUUGUGGAGUUCUGGGGUGGGAAAAUUGCCUACUUCUACUGCUCUCGUACGCAGGCACACGGCCACGAUGUCUGUACCGAGAUCACUGGUACUGAGGGAAAAUUAAUGGUGAAUGUUAUUCCCAGGGAGAAUAACGUGGUCUUGGCUGAUAAGCUCGGCAUGCGUCAUGAGGUCCAGCCGGAGUACUGGCAGCGAUUCCAGGAUGCGUUUGCGCUUGAGGCUAAUGAGUUUGUCGAGUGCAUUUUGAAGGAUACUCCUGUGCCUGUAAAGCUUGAGACUGGAAUUACGGUUAUGAAGAUUGCACAGGGUCUUCAGCAUGCCUUGCUUACUGGGGACGUUGUUCGCUUUGACGAAAGUGGAGAAAGGCUGCACUAG